AUGGUAUAUGGGAAAGCAUGCCGCCUACCUGUGGAGUUAGAGCAUUAUGCCUUUUGGACGAUCAAGAAGCUAAACUUUGAUGCACAACUAGCUAGGGAGCAAAGAUUACUCGAUCUGAACGAAAUAGAAAAAGUGCUCCUUUUCAACUCGAGGCUAAAGUUCUUUCCUGGCAAACUGAAGUCACGAUGGUCUGGACUUUUUGAAGUACAUCGAGUCUACCCUCAUGUCGUUGUUGAUAUCAAGAAUAUAGAUGAUGAGUCCAUUUUCAAAGUUAACGGCCAGCGCCUGAAGGCUUAUCAAGGAGCUCCGCCCUUGCGUGACAAAUCGGCACUCUUCUUGUACGAUGUCCAAAUCUGCUAA